AUGAUCCGGCUUGGGAUCAGGCCCGCAGAAGCACGAGCAAAAGCACUCGGCCUCAGAAAAUUAAAACCCUUUGUAAGUGGGUCGGUGUUUUUGACGAAAAAUGCGAUAAAGGACACAUUGGUUGAAAAACUUUUACGGGAAGAUCCAAACAUCGACACAGCCUUAAAAAUCAUCGACCUACUUAUUCUUCAAAUAGAAGAACUCGAACGAGAGCGAGCUUGGCUACAAUCCCUUCAUGACGAAAUUCAGUUAGAAAUUCAAAAACUCAAGAUUGAAUACUUCUCCCUGGAAAGCGAAGAAUCGGAAAUAGGAGAUAAUGAAUGA